AUAAAAUUGGUUUACAUGAACGAUAUUUUUCUUUCUUUCUUUCUUUCUUACAUUUAUGAACAUAUAACCCGACCGCAAAAUCAGCACUUUGGUUCGAUCUAAAUUCAAUUUAAGAAUCCAUUUGAUUUCAUCUAAAAUCGAAAAGCAGAAAGAAAAGAAUGAUAGUUGCAACAACAAUUUACCCUCGAAAUCAAAAUCGAAAUUCAUUGUUGAUAUCUCUUCUCCUAAUAUCAUCUUCACUUUCCUUCUUCUGUUUCUCACCACUCCAUGCCAAGUCUCCUCAUCCAAUUUCUGAUGUUCAAGUUAGGAACCACAAGCUUCAAUGCUAUGCUGAUAUUGACAGUGGGUUGUGGGGUUGGCAAUGCAAAUCAUCGAUGAUAGCAAGGGAGAAUUGUGCUCUGCGAUGCCUUUCGCCUGCUUGUUACGAGCUCAUCUACGAGAGUGACCCGCUUGAAGAGGGAGAAAAGGACUUUAUUCGGAGCCAAGAGUACAAAUACUGUAUGCAUAAGUUGUCCUUGGGAGAGAGCAUUGAGGGUGUUAAAGGUUCCUUUGGUCACUAAUCAACGCAAAAUUUCUGAAUUGAAGGCGAAGUUUUGGCGAAUAUAUAUGCCCUCAUCAAUUAUAUUUAGAUUAGAUUAAGGAUAUUCAAAUAUAUGUUCAUGGAAAUCCAGUAUAAACUAGCAGAGUGCCUUAGUUUUGUACCCUUAAGAGUGAUAUUGGAGUUGAGUUGAAAAAAAAGACUGAUAUGGGGGUUGCUUUUUCACUUAUUAACAAAUGUAGAUUUGAUUUUAUAAAAAUUAUGAUUUAUUUUACAAAA